AUCCGAAUUCGAAUAGAACAAAAUUUCUGGUAAUUUUUGUAAAUUUUAAAUUAUUCGCAAAAUAGUCUCCCGAGUCUCAAAGUUCAAUCAAUUUUCGGAUUAGUCUUUGAAAUUUGUACAAGCAAAACAAGGAAGCAAGCUGGGACAUAAUGUCGAACAUUUCAUUGACAAUUGAUCCACCGGAAGUGGAUGAUCGCGAGGAGGAGGAAGCCAAAUGGAUGCAACUGUACUGCCAGCAGUUCUCCAGCGAAAAUCUGGUGGAAUCAAGCCCAACGGACGUGGAAGAUGCAUUUCCAGCGGAAGCGUUUCCAGCGGAAGAGUUUCCAGCGGAAGCGAUAGCAGUCAGGAACCGCUGGGCUUUGCGGCAAGUUGCACAGGGAAACCGGCGCCGCCGUUCUCGGCGUCUCUCUGGCCUACGACUCCGUGGGGCAGGUAACCACCGCCUCUUCCCCAAUAUUGGACGUGCGUUACGUGCACGGAAUCCCCUCGGACCCUUCCAUCGACUGCAUCGAAUAGGCGCUGAAGAUCUGGCCCGUGCUGGCUAUGUGUAUCGCGCGCGCUGAUGAAACCGAUGAACUCGAGCCCCGUUUCCAUGAAUAAAGAAACUUAUU